ACAACCUCUCAAAACUCAAUCACAACUCUUUCAGCACACACACACACACACAUGCCUACUCCCUAAUGCACACACACACAAAUACACACAAUUUACAGAGCAAAAAAAAACAUUUACAGGAAAAACGUUCAAGUCUGAGAUCUGAGGAGACGCUUACUGAAGGAGAGAAGAAGAAGAAGAGGACUGGGAUUUUAGUAAACUUCAGUUUUUACUCCAAUUGAGUAAAUUGGACAUCAUGAGAGACUUACUCCAGAACUUCAUCAUCUUCAUCUUCAUCACUCAGGUCCUACUCCUCAACCUGCUCUGCACAUCUGCAGCCCGAGUGCGGAGAGAGACCCUAAUGGUGCGAAUUAACGCUACAGGAGACACUAUAGUGCUGAAGUUCAUCCGGCCCCACGAGGAUACGAAGCUUGAGGGGUAUAUCCUGGGCUACGGCAAAAGCAUGUUCUCUAAACAGUACAUCCAGUUACCUGAGAAUGGAGAAGCAUAUGAAACUGAAAUUGAGGCUGAGCCAAAAUAUCUGAUUGCGGUGAAAUCUGUCAAAGCAAACGAAGUCAAGAAACCGUGUCCAGAGAAGGUGAAUCUGGAAAAGCCUCUUCAUCUGGUGAUUGGCUCUGUGACCCCCACCUCAGUUCUGCUCUCCUGGGGGACACUCCUGAAAACUCCCUACACUGACACCCAGCUGGAUGACUGUCUGGAGGAGAGUCUCUUCACAGUGCGCUACAGAGAGGAAGAACCCAACAAGCACUGGAACUAUCAGACGUGUCCGGGCACCAGCACCGUCAUUGACAACCUCAAACCAGACACGCCAUAUGAGUUUGGUGUUCGAGAAGAUAACAACGGCUGGACCCAUUCAGUGAUACACAGCACAGCUGAUGUGGGAAUUCAUGAACUGUUGCAGCCUAAGAAUCUUCUGAAAACUCAGGAGCCCAUUGUUAAAGCCCUCACAACCUUCCCACCUACUGAGCCUGUUCAGUACAGCACUGCUCACAGCAGCACAACCCCCCUCCUAAAACUCACAGAACCCCCGACUGUAUCCAGCACAACUCUAGGCACAGGAAGUGAUGAGAUAACUUCUUCCACUUCCACUGAGGAUCCACUGUUCUUGACCCAGACUGCAUCCUCCAUUCAUACACCCACCAGCCAAUCCCCUUCAAAGACCACCGACACUUUUCAGCCCCAACAAUCUACAAUAUCACCUCCUUCCACCACCACCCAACAACAGCAACGCACCACCCAACAACAGCAACCCACCACCCAAUACACCACAAGCACAACCGAAACCCAGCCAAGUACCAGCACCACCACCACCCAAGUGACCACAACGGAACCUCCGUCCAGCACAACUGAAAGUCGGCCCAGCACGACUGAAACCACAGGUCAACUCAAAUCCACCACAGAUCUUCCCCAAACAAGCACAACCCAACCGCAACCAAUCACCGCUCAACAAAAACUCAACACAGUCCAAUCUCAACCCAUCACUACCGAACCCCAGAGUACGACAACCCAGACCCAACUCAUCCUAACUCAACCAAAACCCAGAACAUCCCAGCCCCAACCUUCACCAACACAACCCAAAACUACUCAAUCCCAACCUUCACCAACACAACCCACAACAACUCAACCCCAACUCAUCCUAACUCAAGCAAAACCCAGAACAACUCAAUCCCAAUCCUCACCAACACAACCCAGAACAACUCAGUCCCAAAACAUUGUAACUCAAGCAAAACCCAGAACAACUCAAUCCCAACCUUUACCUACACAACCCAGAACAACUCAAUUACAAAGCAUCGUAACUCAACCAAAACCCAGAACAACUCAAUCCCAACCUUCACCAACACAACCAAAAACAACUCAAACUUCACCAACACAACCAAAAACAACUCAACCCCAACCUUUACCAACACAACCCAGAACAACUCAAUCCCAACCCAUCCUAACUCAACCAAAAUCUAGAAAAAAUCAACCCCAACCUUCACCAACACAACUGAAAACAACUCAAACUUCACCAACACAACCAAAAACAACUCAACCCCAACCUUCACCAACACAACCCACAACAACUCAAUCCCUACGCAUUCUAACUCAACCAAAAUCUCAAUAUCAACUUUCACCAACACAAACCAAAUCAACUCAAACUUCACCAACACAAACCAAGUCAACCCAAACUACAACAAUCCAAUCCCAGAGAAGCACAACUCAUCAAAAACCUAGAACAACCCAAACACCAUCAACAAGCCAAACCAAAAAAACCCAACAAAACCACAGCACAUCUCAACCCCUAACCAGAACAACCCAACAACAAAUCACAACCCAUCCCAACCUCAUCAAAGAACAAGUCAUUUCAAUACGUCCUGAACAUCCGGCAACAUCUCAGGAAAAUCCCUUUAUAACCAAAAAAACAUCUAUUAAAUUAAUCCAACAAGAAUCUACAGUGUCUCAAUAUUUACCACUGUAUGAUAACAGCAGUACAGCUAGCUCUACACCAAUCAGUGACCAGUAUAAUCCAGACACCACUCAAACAGUAAAAGAGCCUGAAGAACCGCCUCAGACAUCUACUAAACCUCAAUACCAACCGACAACCUCUACUAUAUAUUAUUACAGCACCACACAACAGCAGUAUAACUAUAUAACCACCAUUAACACUAAACCACAAGUCAGUAGUAAAGCUCCAAACCCUACUGACAAUCAUGUGCAUGCUUUUAACUCCAUCAAAACGCUGACACCGACAGCUAAAUCUAAUGUCGAGGAAAACUCACCGUGGGCAGAAACGCAGGCAGACACAUUCAACAAGAAGCUUCCAAGCAGCCAAGCGGCUCCAAGCCAAUCACAGGAUGGACAACCUCUGCCAAACCUUCUCGCAGAGGUGACGAAUAGGAACCAGGGUAAUGAUGUCGGCCAAAGUGUCUUUCGCAACUCUACAACUCCUGCUCCUGUGAUUCGCUCGUCGACACGAAGAGUGAAACCGAAUGGGAAUCCGCGAAGGCGUGUGCCUCCUAAAGCAGUGAGGCUCAACCCUCCCUUUAAAAACACGUCCCUGGACAGAGUCAACGGUCACAGCGGUGAGAAACACAAGGGGAUGCUGCUGAAUAAACCAGCCAAGGAGCCUAGAAGAAACAAUGGACCACCUGCAAAUCCUAUUUCCGGACGUCCAAAAAAGAACAGGCUAAACCAAGUGGAAAAGCUGAUAGAAAAGGAUAAAACUGUACCUGAUCUGAAGAAGGAGUCACUGGAGUCGCGGCCAAUUCUGAAACCUCAUCUUGCUCCAACCACAGAAAAACCAGUCUACAUAAAGCCAACACCAACAAUAACACCCUGUUUUUCCUUUAAUGGCAGCUGUUUUGGAUCAGGUGAUAAUUCCUCUGUAUUCAGUUCAGUUCCUGUAUCAGAUGUGGACGCAACAGGGAAGAAACGUUAUGUGGCCCCCCAUGUGAUCUAUAAGACAGAUAAGCCUCCAGAGCAGCCCUGUUCCGUCACCGACUCUCUCAGCUACUUCCCGGAAGAGGAGGCCAUGAACAUUAACGUCACUGGCCCUCCCAAAAAUGCUCCCUCCAACCUCACCGUGGUCACAGUGGAGGGAUGCCCCUCCUUCGUCAUCCUCGACUGGGAGAAAACAGACAACGAAACGACAGAAUAUGAAGUGACUUCUUCUACUAAGGGCCCAAAAGGAAAGGAAGUGUCUUCAAUAACAACUAAUCAGACGCACACCGCUGUGGAGAAUCUGAAGCCAGAGAGCAAUUAUGAAUUCACAGUGACGCCUAAGAACGAGCUGGGAUCGGGUCCCUCCAGUGAACCAGUCAAGUUCAGCACUGAAUCUGUGGACCCUCGUGUGACUGAUAUUCCCACAGGUAAAAAUGCGAUCUGGUCCUCGUUCCCAUUCAAAGCCGCAGACUCUUAUUCUGAAUGUAAUGGGAGAAUGUUUGUGAAACGCACCUGGUACCGCAAAUAUGUGGGAAUUCAGCUCUGCAACUCGCUGAGAUACAAGAUCUACCUCAGCGAUUCCCUUAAAGGGAAGUUUUACAACAUAGGAGACCAGACAGGAAACGGAGAGGAUCACUGUCAGUUUGUCGAUUCUUUCCUGGAUGGACGGACUGGAGGACCACUGUCACCAAACCGAUUACCACCUAAAGAUGGUUUUUUCCGGGCCGUCCGUCAGGAGCCCGUGCAGUUCGGACAGAUCGGGGGGAACACUCACAUCAACUACGUGGCCUGGUACGAGUGCGGCGUUCCCAUUCCGGGGUCGUGGUAGAACCCUGCACCUGUCCGAUCACACACACCUGUCCGAUCACACACACACCUGUUCGAUCACACACACCUGUCCGAUCACACACACCUGUCCAAUCACACACCUGUCCGAUCACACACACCUGUCCAAUCACACACCUGUCCGAUCACACACACCUGUCCAAUCACACACACCUGUCCAAUCACACACACCUGUCCAAUCACACACCUGUCCGAUCACACACACCUGUCCAAUCACACACACACCUGUUCGAUCACACACACCUGUCCGAUCACACACCUGUCCGAUCUCACACACCUGUCCAAUCACACACCUGUCCAAUCACACACCUGU